AUGGCGUGGUAUUGCUCUGGCUCAACCAAUGCGGAACUGGUUGAUAAUCUCUUCAAGGCGGGAUUAGUGAAGAAUGAAAGAGUAAAAAAGGCUAUGUUGGGGGUUGAUCGAGCCCAUUAUGCACCUUCCAGGCCUUACUCGGACUCCCCACAACCUAUUGGGUAUGGUGCGACAAUCUCCGCUCCUCACAUGCACGGUCAUGCAUGCGAGUACCUCAUCAAUUUCCUCAGGCCAGGUUCGCGGGUACUUGAUAUUGGCUCGGGUUCUGGCUAUCUGACCCAUGUCCUCGCAAAUCUUGUUACAGAUCCCUCCAUACCUGAUGAUUCAAAUGGCCAUGUUAUUGGAAUUGAUCAUAUACCAGAACUUGUUGACUUGGCUGGUAAAAAUAUGCACAAGUCGGAUCAAGGGCGCAAAUUAUUAGAUACAGGAAGGGUGAAGUUUAUUACUGCUGACGGCCGUUUAGGAUGGCAAGAGGGAGCACCGUAUGAUGCUAUCCACGUUGGUGCAGCGGCGGAAAAGCUCCAUCCUGUACUAAUCGCGCAACUCCAUGCCCCAGGCCGAAUGUUUAUUCCCGUUGACACUGAGUGUGACGGGAGUGCUCUUUUUGGCGGCGGCCAAUAUAUUUGGGUAGUGGACAAGAGGGAGGACGGGUCAAUCCACAAGGAAAAGGUGUUCCAGGUUAGCUAUGUUCCGCUGACCGACCCGCCAAAGAAGUAA